GUCGAGAAUGAUGAGACGAAACCGUAUUUCUUAUCCAAGUUACAUGCCAAACACGCUUCGCUCGCUAACUAAAAUGGUGGACAGAAGUGCACGCAGAAAUUUUUUUGCAGCUGAUGCAAAAAAAGAUACAUCUCAAUCUAAACAACGUUUCUCUAGUUCAUUUAAUGAAAUUAACAAAAUUUAUGGAGCUGGUUAUAUCGUAGGCCUGUUUGUUUUUAUUGGAUUCUUGAUUUACGUGAUAUACACAUCUGAUUCGUUUUUACCUGCAUCAAAACCUUUCGAUUCACCCUUGCAAGAAUUUAGUGGCGACAGAGCUAGAAAACAUUUGAAUGCAAUAACAAAAUUUGGACCAAGGGUUACUGGGAGCUAUGAAAAUGAUAUUACGACAGCUAACUAUCUUCUAAAAGAACUUAACAUGAUAAAAGAAGUUGCUCAUAAAGAUUUUGAUAUUGAAAUUGAACUUCAAACUUCUUCAGGUUCGUUCGCAUUUGUGCGAAAAAGUAACUAUGUUGAUCUUGGAUUUACAAGUACAUACCAGAAUAUAACAAACGUUGUUGCAAAAAUUUCUUCACCAAAAUCUGAUAAUUCCUACAUUUUGGCCAAUGUUCACUUUGAUACGGUUAUGAAUACUGAGGGUGCUAGUGAUGAUACCAUUAGCUGCGCUGUUUUAAUAGAAAUUUUCAGAGCAAUAUGUCAAGGUAAGCCAGAAAAUCUCAAACAUGGUGUAAUAUUUUUGUUUAAUGGAGCUGAAGAAGGUGGGUUAUCUGGGAGCCAUGCUUUUGUAAAAGAUCACAGAUGGUUAUCACUUGUUAAAGUUGUUGUAAACAUAGAAGCUGCUGGAUCAGGUGGACGUGAAUUUGUUUUCCAAACAGGGCCUGAACAUCCAUGGAUUUUAAAUGCUUAUGCAUCUGCAGCCAAGUAUCCAUAUGCGUCUGUUGUUGCACAAGAAAUAUUUCAAUCAGGUGUCAUUCCAUCUGACACUGAUUUCAGGGUGUUUGUUCAAUAUGGCAAUCUUGUUGGUAUCGAUAUUGCAUUUGUAGCCAAUGGUUAUGUUUACCAUACGCGUUACGAUGAUGCUCAGUCAAUCCCUUCAGGAAGUAUUCAGCGAGCUGGUGACAAUAUCUUUGGGUUAUUGAUGGCAAUGUCAAAUUCUCCCUACAUUGAAAACCCAUCUUUGUAUCAGCAUGGAAGCUCUGUGUUUUUUGACAUCUUGGGUGUUUUUGUAGUUCAUUACCCAAAGAGAUUACAUAUUCUCAUGAACAAUAUCACAAUUGUAAUAGUGUUUUUAUAUGUGCUGCAACGAUUAGUUCGUCAAAAUUUUUCAUCUCAAAGAGCACAUGUUGGAUUGAGAAAAGAUGCAGAACAUGUUUCGUUAUUGUCACUGUUUCUAGCUAUUGUUGUUAUUUUGUUUUCAUGGCUCACUGCUGUGAUUGUUCCAAUGGCUCUUGCCUAUUUUCUGAUCCAAGUAAAUGUUUUGAUGACAUGGUAUACCAACCCAUUUUUUGGUUUGUUGUUAUAUGGGCUUCCAUCAUUGUUUGGGUUGCUGUUGACUCAUUUCAUAGGAAAUAAAAUUAUAAACAAGAUUUCCUACACAAAUCUGUCAGCGUUUGUUUAUGCUCACCUACUCAUUCUGGCAACAAUUUUGUUCCUGAUGAAAUAUGUUCUAUCAUCAUAUAUCGUUUGGUUGUGGGUCAUCUUCCCUUUUCUGUUAUUAUGUGUUGGUAAAGAUGCAAUAACAUUUCUUCCUGAGAAGAAGGAUCUGGGACUAUUUAUGUUGCAUAUUUUGGGUGCCAUAAUACCUGCUAUAAUUUCGAUGUACCAUAUUAAUCUGUUGUUUAACUUCUUUGGUCCAUUGCUUGGAAGAGUUGGCACUGAACUACCAGGAGAAUAUGUUAUAGCUGUGUUAUCAAGUUUGUCUGUUAUCACCAUGGGCACUUACUUUACUGGAUUGUAUCACAAAGCAGGAAGCAUGAAAAAAGUCCUAAUUUUUAUAGGAUUUUUGAGUAUUCUUCCUAUCAUCUAUGCAGUCAGUGGACGAAUGUUUCCUUAUUCUCGUGCCAACCCAAUUACUCCAAAACGUUUGUUUAUGCAGCAUACUCUACGUACAUUUCACAAUUCUGAUGGAACUAUUCGAAAACAAGACUCUGGUAUUUGGGUGCAACCAAUGGAUUAUCUAGGGAUCAAGCCAUUAGAAAAUAUAUCUUUUUAUAAAAAUAUUGAGAAUUUUCAAUGUGACGGUUCCUAUUGUGGUUUGCCUUAUUAUUAUCCAAUGAGAAAAGUCGUCAGAAAGCAAUGGUAUCUCCGAGGUGAAAUACCUACUGGUGACAAACCACCCUUAUCAACUGAUGUUUACAGAAAAGAAGUUGUUAACGAAAAAACUGUUAGAUUUUAUUUUGAUAUAAAAGGCCCAGAUCACAUGAAUUUAUUUCUUACACUAAAACCAAAUACAACACUGUCUGAUUGGUCAAUGUAUAAAGCUGAAGACGGUCACAUAUAUUCAAUGGAAGACUUCAAUGGUGGAGAGACAUACAUCGUAUUCUUUUCUCAUGGCUAUUAUUCUGAUGAUUGGAAGUUUUGGCUUGAAUUUAAGAGACAAUCACAAGAUGGUUAUCUUGCAGAAUUAGGUAUUGCACGCCAUUACCUUCAUGGAAAAGAAGCCAGAACGCCUUUCUUAAACUCGGCUAUCAAAGCUUUACCCGACUGGAUAUGCGAUAAUUCAUGGACAAGUAAUUAUGAUAGCUUUACUUUGAAUUAACAAAUUGACUUGACAUUUAAAAAAAAUUGUCUUAAUGUUUUAUAGGGAAUCAUGUGUAAUUUUUUAAUUAAAUUUCAAACGUAAUUUUUCAAUGUUAGUUAAUGUUAUCACUCUAUUUAUGAUAAUAAAUUUUACUUAUAA